CCCCUCUUCCCCAUUUGAUUGGUGGUGGUGGCGUCUGCCACCCACUAGAAGUCUUCAAGUCUAGAAUAUACGAAGAUCUAUCUCUUUCUCUCUCUCUCUCUCUAACAGUAUUUUGCUUGCUUUUGCUAAUAAAAUACAGUAUCUGGCACAAACAUUCCCUCAAAGCUCGCCUCGAUGGCUUCGACCAACCUCUACCUCUGCUCUCCGAUGGCUCCGUCCCGUUUACAGGCCCAGAAUGGUGUAUAUUAUGGUGCAAGACAGUUUACUGCAAAUGGGUAUCCUUGUGAUUUUGUUUUGGCAAAUGUGACAAAGAGAUUGCCUUUAAGCUUCAAUGGUAAUGGUAGAGUGAUGAGAGCUGCUGUAAUAUCUGAAGGGCACGGCAAUUUUGUGAAUAGGCAGGUGGGUCAACCAAAUGGGAUUGAAACACGGCCUGAUGAGAUACAGCUAGCAGCAGAGAUAACUCCUAGUAAUAGGGGUUUCUUUCCCACUGAUGACUAUAAUCUGGACCGUCCUACAGAUGGGUUUGCUUCUAUUCCUGAGGCGGUUGAGGAUAUUAGGAAAGGCAAGAUGGUAAUUGUUGUAGACGAUGAAGACAGAGAAAAUGAGGGAGAUCUUAUAAUGGCCGCGUCGAAGGUGACGCCGGAGGCUAUGGCAUUUAUCGUCAAGCAUGGAACUGGGAUUGUGUGUGUGAGCAUGAAAGGGGAGGACUUGGAAAGGUUGCAACUCCCCUUGAUGGUGACCCAGAAGGAGAAUGAAGAGAAGCUUUGUACAGCAUUUACAGUGUCAGUGGAUGCAAAACGUGGUACAACAACUGGCGUCUCAGCUCGUGAUAGGGCAGCCACAAUAUUGGCUCUUGCAUCAAGACAUUCUAAACCCGACGAUUUCAACCGCCCCGGCCAUAUUUUCCCCCUCAAGUACAGGGAGGGAGGGGUCUUGAAAAGAGCUGGACACACAGAAGCUUCUGUUGAUCUUGCUGUUUUGGCUGGGUUAGAACCUGUUGCAGUUUUAUGUGAGAUUUUGGAUGAUGAUGGUUCUAUGGCUAGAUUGCCAAAGCUUCGCCAGUUUGCAGAGGCGGAAAACUUGAAAAUGAUUUCCACUGCCGAUUUAAUCAGAUAUAGGAGGAAAAGAGAUAAGUUGGUGGAGCGCUCUGCUGCUGCACCAAUACCCACAAUGUGGGGGCCAUUCAAAGCCUAUUGUUAUAGGUCAUUGCUGGAUGGGAUUGAGCAUAUUGCCAUGGUUAAAGGUGAUAUCGGGCAUGGAGAAGAUAUUCUUGUGAGGGUACAUUCUGAGUGUCUCACUGGCGACAUAUUUGGAUCAGCCAGAUGUGAUUGCGGAAACCAGUUGGCACUUGCAAUGAAGCAAAUUGAGGCAGCAGGUAGGGGUGUGUUGGUCUAUCUCCGUGGACAUGAAGGUCGGGGAAUUGGUCUUGGCCACAAGCUUCGUGCUUACAGCCUUCAGAACGAUGGGCGCGACACAGUUGAAGCAAACGAGGAGUUGGGUUUGCCUGUUGAUUCCCGGGAAUAUGGCAUUGGUGCACAGAUUCUUCAAGAUGUAGGCGUCCGGACAAUGAGGUUAAUGACGAACAAUCCUGCCAAGUACGUUGGUCUUAAAGGUUAUGGUUUGGCAGUUGUAGACAAGGUGCCAUUGUUGACACCAAUAACCAUGGAGAACCAAAGAUAGUUGGAGACUAAACGUGAGAAAAUGGGGCAUAUCUAUGGUUCCGAAGAUGAUGAUCAUGUAAAUGGCAAUUCCAGCAUUCACAGACCAUCAGGUGGUUUAUCUGAGACAUAACCUGGUAGCCUCAGUUUCAAGUUCCAAUUUUUAUUUCUUGCUUAAUUUUUCAUUUUUUCAUUUUUGGUUAUGUAACUAGAAACAUGUAUCCCUUUUAAUUUUUAUUGUGAAAGUGUAAAUAGAUCUAAAAUAAGAGAAAUUCUUGCUGCAUUGAGUAGGCUUUCCCUUUAUUGAAGACUUGAAGAUCUUGCUUAAGACAAAAGCAGGAUUACACCUUGUUUUAA